GUUACACAUGCGGCCCCGCUUGACUAGGAAAAGUACUCAUCCUCGAGAACCAUAUACCCCAAGAUACCCCAUUCCCCAGCGGCGGGUGCCUCUUCCCCGAGUGAGCCACAACAAAUCCGGUCGUGCACAUCUUAUUGAAGGCUUGUACGAACGCCGUGAAGCCGUCAUCGACUGGAAGUCACUUUGUGCACGACGUUCUCGGUGCGCUGACGAACCCACUCUUUCCCUUGCUUCGCUUACCACCGAAGUACGUCUCGAAGUGUAGACCCGGGGAUACCGAAGUCUAUAGACGACGGUACUCACGCUCACCAUGGUGUCCCUACGACCCACGCCAUUACACUCUAAACAAUCAUCUCAUGCGAAGCGUAGUUCCACUGGCCAUCACGCCCUCCUUCCCGCCUCUUCGGAACGAACAUGGCAUCUGUAUACAGAUGUGUACGAGGUGCCUGUGGGUCAACCAAAGACCUUCCUCCAUUGGACGUUCGGGAGAGACACCGUGAUAUGGAGGAUAUGGCCAGCGGUAACGUUGCACACGCUCUUCGCAGCCGGUGUGGUGACGCUGUCCAUGAAGACUCAGGUCAGGCUUGACAUCCCCCCCGUGCUCCUCACCGUGCUUGGAGUUGUCAUCGGCUUCGUCAUCUCCUACCGCGCCAUGUCUGGCUACGAUCGCUACUGGACGGGCCGCAGCUCAUGGUCAGACGUCAUCCGCAACCUCCGCACCUUCACGCGUCUCGUAUGGGUUCACGUUCCCCUCCGACUUGGCCCCAAAUCUGACCACGAGACGCCGCCGGACGAGAGAAAGAGGUGUAUGGAGGAAAAGCGUAUGGCGCUUGACUUGGCAUUGGGCUUCGCGGUCGCUGUCAAACACCAUCUAAGGAGCGAAAUGGGUAUCUAUUACGAGGACCUUUAUGGCUUAGUCAGGCCUCUGCACAACCAUCCACAUCACCGUCGACACCACCCUCGCGACGAACAAGAACAUCCCAAUGGAGCAUCACAGACCCCUGCAUCCCCCGAGCAGACGACGCCUAACGCGGACCCUGCUGGCACGAGCGCAGAUCCAGUGAUCCCACCUGUCAACACAUAUGGCACGUUCGCAGCCCAACGCCUGCUCUCACACCGCACAUCCUCCUCCAGCUUUUCCAGCAUUAUAUCUGGCGACGACGCUCAGGAUCACCAUCCACUACUCCCUGGGCGCGCGCGGCGCACUGACUCCGGCGUAAUAGGGGCAGUCUCUAGCGACCUAAUCCCGUUCGGAGACGAGGCUGGUGCCUUCCUGAAAGCGUUCGGCAGGGCGUUGGCGUGGCCUUUCGUGCUCGUGAGAGGGCGGAGGAUACAGCCAGACGAAGAGGGUCAAGUUGGGGUUGUCGUCACGGGGGCAGCGGAGACGGGGGAAACGGUUGACCAGGGCAUCGCAGACGCUUUCGACGAGAGCGGUGGGCAGCGCAAGUUCGCCGGAGAGGCUCGCGUUACGACCGCUGCGGUCGGACAUCGUUCCGUGAACCCUGAAACCAUCGACGCAUCGCGCAUGACGCAUGCGAAGCACCGACCGCGGGUCGCGGGUGGUGGCCAGAGCCUCCCGCUCGAAACCAUAUUCGCUCUGUCGGCGUGGCUGUCCGUGCUUGAGGAGCGCGAGAGCGUCCCGGGGUCUAGUCUCGGAGGCAUGAUAGGAGCGUUGGCCGGUCUGGAGGACGCCCUGGGUGCCCUGGAGCGCAUCCUGACCACGCCGUUGCCAUUCGUCUAUGCCGUGCACAUCCGGCAUACGGUGUGGGUGUACCUGUUCUUCCUGCCCUUCCAGCUCAUUGGUCAGUUCGAGUGGUACACCAUACCGGGUGUGUGUAUCGCUGCGUUCAUCUACCUCGGUUUUUUGGCCGCGGGAGAGGAAAUCGAGCAACCGUUUGGAUACGACGAGAACGAUCUCAAUCUGGACAUGUUCUGCAACGAGAUCAUCCGUGCAGACAUCGAGCGUCUCAAGCGCACACCAAACCGGAACGUGUUCUUGGGCGGUCAUCAGCAUCGGGCGGACGCCAACAGUGACAAGGGGAAAGAAACGGGAUGGAGGGUCGAGGACGUGUUCGGGGCCAUCCAAGACUAAUUUGAAGCUGGUCUGGCCCGGGGUUCGUUGGAGUUAAGUUAUUCACGCUCUUUUGCUACCACAGACUAUGACGCGGAGGAAAUGUACAGUGCACACGUACUUAACGUCAUCGAUGCAUAUAUCCAAUUUCUGAUGGCAGAACAGUGACUUAAGAGAGCGAAUGGCUCGUAAUUGACUGAUUAGACACUGCUGCCUAGGUCGUUCCGCCUUUCUUGGGGUUCUCGCGAUGGCACAUGAAAAGCCCUGCAAGAC